AUGACUCCAGUAUCUGCCGACCCGGGCCCGACACUUACACGACAGCACGCUUGGGCGUGGGAGGGCGCAUUUCCGGCAGCUGCCGCUGUAGCCGCCAUUGAGCCGGCCCACGAGACGCGCGCCAUUGUUCUGGAUGCACACAUUGAGUUUGAUGGUCGUGCACAGCAUGUCCUUGCCGCCUCGGCACCGCAUCUCGCAAGUUUCGGCGCAACCCUGGGCGUGGGCGAAGCCGCCGAAGGAGAAGACGCCGGCGACGACGGCAGUGAGCACGGGUGGCAGUCGCAUGAUGCGUCGCUACCGAGAUUACAACUCUAUUGGGAAAGUAGAAACUGGCAAGUGUGCGGCGAAGUCCUUGAGACAACAUAUACUGGAUUUGGCGAUCCGCUUAGUCAUGGUCGUGAUGACAACACUGCUGAAGUCGACGCAGAGCUGCUUCUUGUAGCCUUGGCUUGCGCGGAAAUGUCCUCUGAGCCAAUGUGCAGAAUGCUGGGAACAUCAGAGACAGGUAUGGGCUUAAUGCAUGUGCUGGGCAAAGAGCCUUUCGAGAUUCUGGCCAGAGAGACACCGCUCGUAAACUGGAUCAGUGGUGUCGGCAGGGAUUUUGGAAGCCAGUCGUCGGCAAGUGUCAGAAAGUCGUUCGCAGAAACUGGCAUGUUGUCCAUUCGGGCUGAAUACUAUGAUGCAUCCCGAAUGUCGUCAGUGUUUCGCGCGACGCACCAGUUCCAGAACUUCUCGCCGUCCUCCUAUCCUCGUGAGGUCAUGCUCAGAAAGACCGCACUAAGAGCUAGUAUCAAUAUAAUGCUAUAUCGUCGACCUCGCUUCGACAUGUGGGAAUGA